UGUUUGUUUAUAGGAUGUAGGGGCCCUGGCCACCAAUGUUUGUUUAUAGGAUGUAGGGGCCCUGGCCACCAAUGUUUGUUUAUGUGGGGUUGGAGACAGAUUUCCAUGUUCCAUCAGCCUUACAGGACUGGUGUGUUUUUUUUUUUUGACCAAGGAUUUAAGCCAAAUGGCUCUUGUGUGUCUACUUGAAAUGCAGAAAAAUUCUAACACUAAGUGCAACUUAGGUUAGAAUAGGUACCUGCCCAAAGAGUCUACCUGACCUGGCAGGCUUAAUAACUCUUUGGCCAAAAGUGUCCUUUGUACUGAGGGGAGGGGCCAUUGGGGGAGGAGCCAUUGUGGGAGGGACCAUCAAGAGGGGGGCCCAGAAUUUGGUUGUGAGGGGACCCAUGAUUUCUGAUGGCUGGUAGCCGGUUCUGCACAUGUGUGGGGGGUAUUUAAAGCUAUCAAACACCUCCUCCUGUGCUAUGUUGUCUGCGGCCUUGUCUGGGGAACUAAGCCUGGGUGAUUUACCUUACGACUUUCUGUUGCAGAUCCUUUGCUUGCCUGACUCUCAUUUUCGUUUUUGCCUGCUGCCUGCCCAAGACCCUUUUGCCUGCCUCCGGAGGCUCCGACUACGUUUUCUGCUUGCUGCCUGCCCAAGACCCUUUUGCCUGCCUCCGACUACGUUUUCUGCUUGCUGCCUGCCCAAGACCUUUUUGCGUGCCUCCGACUACGAUUUUGUCUGCUGCUGUAUUUUGUCUGCAUGAGAGCGGUGGAAGCGCAGCCUGUGUGUGUUGACCAGCAUGGACGAAGAAAAUGUCACAAACAAAGAGAAAGAGGAGGAACAACUUGUUCCGAAAACAGGAGCCGUGUCGGUUGUGUGGAAAUACUUCGGCUUUAAAAAAUCUGACGUUGAGCAAACAAUCAUAAUAUGUAAAUGCUGUCGGGCUAAAGUUGUAGCCGCAGGAGGCAACACAAGCAAUUUGCUUCACCACCUCCGCCACAAACAUCUCCUGAAAUACCAAGAAUGCAUGAAAUUAAGAUCUGAAUCCUCUUCCACAUCUGCAGGUAGCGAUAGAGUUGGCACUGCAACACAAAACGCGACUCAGACGUCACUCAAAGACGCGUUUGCUAAAGGCACUGCCUACGACAAGAAAAGCAAACGGUGGAAUGAUAUUACCAACGCUAUUACUUUCCACUUGGCUAAAGACCUGGUACCGCUUAAUACAGUUGAGAAAGUUGGCUUCAAGCAGAUGAUUAAAGUACUGGAUCCCAGAUAUGUUUUACCAAGUCGAAAUUACUUUAGCCGAACAGCACUCCCUAACUUGUACCAACAGCACAGAGCCAAGGUAGAAGCAGACUUGGCUACCGUUCACCACUUCUCAGCAACAACUGAUUUAUGGUCUAGUCGGAGCAUGGAGCCAUACCUAAGCCUGACUGUUCACUUUAUAAGUGACGACUGGGUGUUGCAUAGUCAUUGUCUGCAAACAAGCUUUUUCCCCGAUGAUCACACUGGCGAGUUACUAGCGGCAGGUUUGCAAGAGGCACUGGAUUCCUGGGGGCUGUCGGAGCACAGACUAGUGGCCAUCACAACAGACAAUGGAGCCAACAUCAUUAAGGCAAUUGAGCUGCAUAAUUGGACAAGAUUCCAGUGCUUUGGUCACAGGCUUCACCUAGCCAUUGAGACCGCUAUGAAAGAUGACCGCAUACAGCGUGCAGUUGGAGUCUGCAAAAAAAUUGUGGCAGCCUUUUCAUACUCAUGGAAAAAAAGGAGGGAAAUGGCCAAGGUACAGAAUGAACUGGGUCUUCCAAAGCACCAGCUCACAACUGAGACGCCCACCAGGUGGGGAUCACGUCAGAUGAUGAUUCAAAGAGUAUUAGAGCAAGAGAGAGCCAUCAAUCAGGUUCUAGCAGCUGAUAAAAAGUCAAGGCAUUUAAUCCUCAGGUGGCAAGAUGUGGAAGUCCUGGAGGCUGUCAACAAGGUGUUGAGCCCACUCCAGGACUUCACAGAUGCCUUAUCUGGAGAGCAUUAUGUCAGCGUAUCAUACGUAAAGCCAGUACUUCAUCUGUUCAACACUACCAUUCUUGCUGAGGAAGACGACAACAGUGAACUGACCAGGGAUGUGAAGAGAAACAUUCUAGCCUACUUGAACGAGAAAUACUCCAACGCUGACACAGAUGACCUGCUCGAUAUCGCAUCUUUCCUUGAUCCACGAUUCAGAACCACCUACACAAAGAAAGAAAAUGUGGAACAUGUCCUCUCCAGAGCCAUGGAAGAAAUCAAGUGCCUCAAGGAUCAACAGCAAGACCCUCUCCCUGGGCCUUCUGGUGCUGCAGCAGCUGCAGCAGGGCCUGCUGCUCCACCAGAGGAAAAGAGAAAAAAGUCCUUGUCCAGUUUUUUCAAAAAGCAGAGCACCAGCAGCAUGGGCUGCAGCGGAGAAACACUCUCAGAGGAGGAAAACAUCAAGAUGGAGCUGAGAGCCUACUUGCAGACCACAGAGGUUGAAAGUGAUGCAGACCCUUUGAAGUGGUGGAGAUGCUAUCAGGCAAACUUCCCCCGUGUUGCAAAACUAGCUCAACAGUAUUUAUGCAUACCUGCCACAAGUGCUCCGUCUGAGAGAGUGUUCAGCACUGGUGGCAAUAUCGUCACAUGCCAUAGAGCUGCACUCAAACCAGAAACUGUGGACCGUCUGGUUUUCCUUGCUCAAAAUUUGUGAUGGCUGAAAUACCUCAUUUAUGGAGCUUGUCCA